ACAGGGUGAAGACAAGAAUGUUUCUGAAAAAAGUCUUCAUCCUCCAGUGUCACCUUCCUUCGUACCCGAUCAUAUGAAAUGUAACAUCCUUAAAGCUCAAGUAGAAGCUGCUUUUAGAGUGGGUGCCCAGCAGGUGGGGAAAGAAGAGACACCAUUUGUAAAUACCAGUAAGGCCUCCAGUCUGCAGGACCCUAAUGUAAGAAGUCCAGCACCAGUACGACCAGAAACUACACCAUCAACAGGCGCUACAGAAAAGCAGGAAAUUAAGGUUUCUCGUGUGAGGAAGUUAACAAGACAGUACAGCUUUGAUGAAGACGACCUUCCUCCAGCACUGGCAGCGGCUGCAGCAGCAUCGACAUCUGUUUCAUCAGCAUCUCCCGUGUCACAGAAAACGUCACCACAAAUGUCAGAAGGACAAACCCAGAUAUCACCUGGUGCAAAGAGCCCCACGGAUGUUGGAAGUACAUUUGCUUUGGAGCCAGGUGACCUUUUGAUGGAUUUCACAGAAGCCACACCUAUGAUAAAGACAUUCCCUGCUGAUACAUCUAAUCCUUUUUUCGAUCCUUUCACAACAGUACCACAGUUUUCUGCAGAAUUUAUAGACAGCAAAUUAGUGUGCUGUGCUGUGCAGUCAUCACCUAAGAUGUUACCACCAGUAUCUCCUUCACCUGCAAUGAGGUCCUUGGCAGAGACAGUCCCAACCCCGACAGUGCAGACGAUAUAUUCAUCACACAAACCUAUUUCUCUGGCAGACAGUGCUGAGACUCUGAGGCGUGAACUCGAGAGAGAGAAGAUGAUGAAAAGACUGUUGAUGACAGAAUUAUGAAAUUCUCACUUCGUCACAUGGAGACUGGAUCGGGGCCUUUCAUGUGCCUUCUGUCUGUUUACAUUCCUCCACUUCUGUGUACUCAACAUAAUGCAUCAUGAAAAUGUGUUAUGUUCCCAGCUCGCUCAGAUUCAUCACAGUUGGUUAAAAUUAAGUCUUGGCUUGACUUUAACUUGGAGAAGUUCCUUUAUUCAUUUGCUGCUGGGAAAUAAACCUUCAGUCCUUUAUUUAUCAUGAGUAUUAGGAUUUUCUACUAUUAUAAAAUGAAUUUUAGGUUUGGUUUUGGUAAAUCUAAGGUAAAAAUGAUCAGCAAGGAACAUACUGAUUUCUACUGAGAAACACUGUUCUGUAUAUAUGUUAAUAACUGCACAGAGAUUAAUGUUAUGCAGAAUAUUUUGAUAGUAACAUAGAAAAUGUCAUUUUGUAUAACUGAAAACUGCACCAAGUUACUGCUGUUUGUUAAAGAAUCAUUUUUAAAAGCAGAAAAAUGAUUACAUCUUAACCCUAUAACUCUUUGUUUCUGCUGAAAAAUAAAUGGCUAUCUUCUCAAA